CCAGGUGCCUGGAUGCCGAUGCCUUGCGCGACCAUUGCCGCCGCCAUGACCAUGCUGCAUCCCAUUUCGCCUCAAAUUGGACGACAUGCCCAGCAUCCCUUCACAUUGUUUCCUUUUCGUCCAGCAAUUGCACCUGCAGCUUGCCUCUGUGCUUGUUCCCCGGCUUAUUGACAACGCAGCUUCGUUCCGAUUCCCAUUUCUUUGGUCGCCUGACCUCGACGGCCCUCCUGCUACGCUCCGCCCUGUCUUUCAAAUAGUGCCCCUCAUCGCCCCUUUAACCGGGCUCGUUCUGUUCCUUGCUCUUCUAUCUCUUGUGGUCCCUCUUCUUCUCGAUCAGCUUUCACUUGUCUCACCACCAAUUGAACUGUCUUUGCGGAGCAAAUAUCUUGCCCACCACUUUUGUCUGCGUGCAGCCAGUGUCGGCCUCUUUCAAACCCGAGUUCAAUCCCUUAUCCUCAAACUCCAGACGGCGGCCUCCGCGUCAUCUUCUAUAUUGAUGUCGGUUGAUAGUCGUUUGUCAAGGACUUGUUUGCGUUUUCCCGCUCGCGUGGAAAACAUUUCGAGAUCUCAGCUGUCAAGCGUGCAUACAGGGGAUUUAACCAGACCUGCUGAAAAUUCGUGAACACGGGAUACUCUGCCAAGGUAACAUUUUGUUGUGAUACACGUUUCGACCUUUUAUACAUUUCAUUAUAUCUUGCGCGGUAGUAUAG